GCACAGGAGUGCGUGCACAGAGCAACACCGGGCGCACCUCUUGGCUGUGGCGGAGCGACGGGUGCCGCAGGAGGCUGCUCUGACUGCCCGGUUGACGAAAUCAAGCGCUGACGUCACCUGUCACCUUCCCACCCCCUUUUCCGGGGGAAGCCACGCCCUUUCCUUCUGGCGCAAGAGGAGCCGGUUUCUCCCAUUGAGCCGCCAUCGUCGCCGUUGCGGCUUUCCAGAGUCCCCCAAGAUGAAGAUCUGGAGCUCAGAACACGAAUUUGGACACCCAUGGGAUACUGUAAUAAAAGCUGCUAUGAGAAAAUAUCCUAAUCCCAUGAACCCAUCUGUAGUAGGAGUUGAUGUUUUGGACCGAAGCCUUGAUAAUCAGGGUCGGUUGCAUAGUCACCGACUACUUAGCACUGAAUGGGGUCUACCAAGUAUUGUAAAAGCGAUUCUUGGAACAAGUAGAACUGUUACAUACAUUAAAGAACAUUCUGUGGUAGAUCCUGUCGAAAAGAAAAUGGUACUCUCUUCCACUAAUAUUACACUUACAAACCUUGUAUCAGUUGAUGAACGAUUAGUCUAUACGCCUCAUCCUGAAGACCCUGAAAAAACUGUACUAACUCAAGAAGCAAUUAUUACAGUAAGAGGUGUUAGCCUCAGUAGUUACUUGGAAUCUCUAAUGGCAAGCACAAUUUCCUCUAAUGCUAGAAAGGGGUGGGAUGCUAUUGAGUGGACAAUUCAGCAUUCUGAAAGUGCUCUAAGCUAGCAGUCUCUCUCUACAGCUGCACUUUGUACUAACUAGUGGGUCGGGAAGCCUUGGAAUGGGUAAUCGGCGAACUAACUUCAUCAACACGAGAGAGUGUGAAGUCCGCAAUGGCAGCCGCUUCAAUAGAGAACUGAUGAACUGUGACAGAGAACUUUAUUUUUCCAUUAGAUUUUUCUUGCCAGGAUGGAUACUCCAUAGUUUUUAUAUAUUUGUUUAUAUGGUACAAUGAAAAUUAUACAGGACCGAAGCUACUCCCACCCCACCUCCCUAAAUUCUGAAGCCUUUGUAGGACUUAUAGUAGCCACAGAGUAGACUAACCAAACAAUUUAUUUAUUUUUAUCCUCCCCCCACCCGCCCCCACAUCUAGGUGCCACAGCCCAACUUUGCUCAGAGUACAGUGACCUCGAGUCCCACAGAAGUAAAUGGAUAUUGAAUUAGUGGAGCGGAUUGGGGAUCAGUCUACAUAUGUACCAAACUGUGCCUUGAUAAGAGUUAGGGAAUAGACUUCCUAUUUUAUAUUGCAUUUUCUUGUGCUUGAUACUUAAUAUUUAUUUAUUUUUUAAAAAAGUGCAGCUGCAGUCCUCGUGAAGGACAUAAUUGGUACAAAUGCACUGGAGAUCUUGUCAGUCUUGAAUGGCUAAUGAAAUGGAGUGGGAAGAGGAAAUUACAGUACCGGAGGCUGACAGACUGCUUAAUUUUGCUGCAGUAGAACCUCCCACUGUGUCGUCAGUGGAGACAUAGAAGUCUUGCAGAAGGCAUCACUCAAAUGGGGGCUAGCUGUGCAAUAGUGGUCCUUUGUAGACGGUGCUUUUUCAGCAUAGCCCUCACAUCUUUUGUUUGGUUGCACUGCUGAAAUGCAGUCUGAACAAAGCACACCAGUACUUUACCUCCUAGUAUUUAUACACAAACCACUGAUAAAAGAUGUAGAAGUAAUCGGUAUGGUGGCGUAAGAUGGCUUGAAUCUUUUUUUUUAAUUCAUUAGGUAACUUUAUAUAUAUCAAUAGUCACUCUGAUUGCUUGUGUGAAGCCAGCUGAUACCUCAGUGGGAAGUCUUGGGAACCUAUUUUCUAUCUACAGUUUAAUUCUAACUAAGGCUUGAAUACAUUUGGAGUACCUUGGUUGCUUAGCUUACUUCCCACAAAAUCUGACCAGGUUGGAAAGGGAUUUAUGGCCCAAACGGCAUUUCACAUCUCGUGUAGCUGAUCAGUUUCUUGGAAGUGUGUCCUUCAUGGCAGGAGAGAGCAUGAUGUUGUGAAUCUGUUUGCCCUUCUUGCAGAACCGACAAGCUUUACCAAGCCAGUUUUAACUUAUUAUUCCAGUAGACCUUGCUUCCAAAUAACAUGCUCUGAGUAGUUCAGUUUGAAGUUGCUGAGGACAAAUGGAGCACUUUAUUUACUAGUUUAAGGUGCCUUAUAGCCCUAGAUACUUCACACAGAAGACAAGAUAAAAAUAGGAGGAAUCAGCAAAGUAAAACUUUUAUUAUAGUGUAGUAGUUUUAAAUUAUUCUAAGAAGCUCAAAUAGCUUAAUGUAAUUUCAUAAGCAGUUUUAUAUUUUGCACAAUUUAAAAGUUUUAACUGAAUUUAUUCCGUUCACCAUUGAUUGAAAACUUGGCCUCUGGAAACUUCUGUAUAAUAGAAAGUUAGAGCCACCUUUAAAUAAUUUGAUUUAAUGUUCAAGAAUUCUGAAACAGGCUUUUUUCUUUUCAUUUAUUGCUAGAAACAUAGAAAAGAAAUUACAAUGGAAACCAUUUGAAAAGAUUAAAAAAAAACCCAUCUUACUUGAUCAGGCAGACAAUUUAGGUUCUCACUCCAGAUGGUUGUCUUUCUCUCUUGAUCAUACAUUAGGAGAGAGAGAUCUUAUUCAUUUAAGAUGUCUCCAGCUUUCUAUUCUUGUUAGCGUUGGGUGGCAGGGGAGAGGGAAAUCUAAAAUACUGACAAAGCAUGAAUAAUAUCCAAAUUCACCAUAAUUUUCUUAUGUUGGCACAAUGAUGUACUAAGAUAAUAUGGAAACAAUGAAUUGCUAUUCCCCCCUCUUCUUUUCUCCCACAAGUUCAACAUUUAAGAUUUCGAAACACGAUAUGUAUUUUAUCGACAUGAAAGAGUACUUGAAUGCAGAAACAAAAGCACACUUUGUUCUAGAAUAUUUUGCUAAGGAAAAGUUCUACUAUUAGAAAAUAGUUUAGUGUAGAGUGGCAAAUGCUCUAACUUUGAAGGGUGUCAUUUCUAUCACUCAAGGGGUAACGUAGUUGUGAUGUUGGAUAUCGCUAUAUCUAAAAUCUGUCAUGAGUCCAUGUAUGUACACAGAGUAACCAACUUUCUUCCACACACAGAUGUUAACUUUUCCUUUCACCAUCUCUCUCAGUGCAAGGUUAUUCUUUUUCAUGUGCACAUACUGUUUCUGUUGUCUUCACCAAGAAAUAAUUGUAGUCCUUUAGUUCCUGUUCCUGCCUUCUAAAGGUGAUUGUACUUGCUCCUUUGUUCAUUAUGCUGUAUGACUCUUAACUUCACAAAUUCAGUGAGUCAGCUUCUUGUUUGGUGAUUUAUUGUGCUCUCUAAAGCUUUAGUAGAACAGUAAUUUGCUUUGGGAGUCCAUCACCACCUUCUCCUGGACAGGCAGGCGUGAAUGUGAAAGGGUAGGGCAAGUCUGGUUGUCUAUUUGUUCUGUUCCAAAAGGCUCCAUUAUUUUUAAAGCCUUUCAUGAAACUUGUCUACUAAACUGACCACAGUCCUGCCAAGUCUUAUACCAGCCUGUCACAGACUUUUAACAGGACAUAGAAAAAUAUUGCAUUUUCAUUCCUAAGCUGAAAUCCUGUAUUCUCUUUAUGCAUGGUGCUCUAUGGAAGAGGGAAGUAAGGGCAAAAACUUUGGUGUUUUCCCAUCCACCCUUGUUGCUUCUUGUGCACUAGUGAGAUUAAUAUACAUGACUUCAGUAAAGGGUAAUUCUGCCAGUUGCAGCAGCAUUCUCUACGAGACCCUUAAUGUGUGUGCCAAUUUGAAUUUCUCUGAUCUCAGUGUAAUAGUUGUGCAGCAAGGAGAAAACAGCAAGUAUGCCUUAUGCUAUUUCACUGUAGCUGUCUCUUCAUGUCACAUUGGUAUGAAAGGGAGAGGGUCAGUCUUUAUCAGAUAGCAGUGAGCUUUAAAACAGAUCCCGCAUAAGGUUUUUAUCAGUCACCAUUGUAACUGAAGCUAUAUGUACGUUUAAAAGAGAGAAUUGAGAUUUCCCCACACAAAGCUCAGCUUUCACUAAUAUAACAUAUCUGCAUUUGUGGGAAAUGUGGGUGCUUUAGACCCCAUCAUAAGUUUCUGUGUGCCAUUAUUUAAAUGUUUAGGACCACACUUUAAGCCCCCUGUGCUCCUCCCACUGUUCUUGCUACACUGGUAGUGCCUCUGUUCAAAUGAAGACAAUGUUUCUGUGCCUUUCAAUAGCUCUGUAAAGGAUGGUGGUGUGACAAAUGAAGCUUCUUCGGCAGGGAUGAGGAGAGUUAAAUCAGUGCAAAUUGGGUCUUCUGCACAACUAUUAUAGGUACAGGAGUCCUGGUCAGCCUGCCUAAGCAAAAAAAGUCUUGCUUUCAGAAUGAUUGUUUAUAUGGGAAGCAACUUCUAACACAUUUCAUUUGGCUUUGGUGUAUGUUCCAUUCAAUGAAGAGAUGCUGGGCUGGAGGAUGGCAAUGUUGCUCCUAAAAGAAUGUAGCAAAGGUAGUAAGACAGACUUGGCAAAUAAAUGCCUGCAGAAGUGUUUCUCUUCCUGUAUUGCUGUUCUUUCAGUCACCUAUAUCUAAACUGUAAGCUUUUCAGAACAGAAAAUCUAAUUUUUAAUCUGAAUACUAUGAACAUCUGGGACUAUAAAUAACGACCUAACAAA